CACCAUCAUCAUCACCACCAAUAUUUCCACUCCAUGAAGCCUCCUCUUCUCUUUUCACUCUAUAAAGUCUCCACUAAUCUCUACCAUCAAACUAGUUAGGAUCAACAAAUUAAUCCACCCAUCAACAUUGUUAUUCUCCUUGGAUAGGAUCCAAGGCUUAGCUUGCUCUUAAAUUAGGAGAUUGAAUCCAUGAUGAGGAAGCCUGAUCCAUCCGUGAAGGUUAUCAGUGGAGGCAAUACUAAUACUAAUACUAAUACUAAUACUAAUACUAAUAAUGGUACUACUACUAAUAAGCUUAGGAAAGGAUUGUGGUCACCUGAGGAAGAUGACAAGCUCAUCAACUAUAUGUUAACCAAUGGCCAGGGAUGUUGGAGUGAUGUAGCUAGAAAUGCUGGCCUGCAAAGAUGUGGGAAGAGCUGCCGCCUUCGUUGGAUCAACUAUUUGAGACCUGAUCUCAAACGAGGAGCCUUUUCUCCCCAAGAAGAAGAGCUUAUCGUCCAUUUACAUUCCAUUCUUGGCAACAGGUGGUCUCAAAUAGCGGCUCGUCUACCUGGCCGUACAGACAAUGAAAUAAAGAACUUUUGGAAUUCAACAAUAAAGAAAAGGCUAAAGAAUUUAUCAUCCACUCCCUCACCAAAGGUUAGUAAUUCAUCGACGUCGGAGCCUAAUAACGGUGCCAUGCAAGGGCUCAUGUCAAUGCAAGAACAAGGCAUUUUGCCUAUGUACAUGGACUUACCAUCAGCAUCGUCCAAUUCUUCCUUGCAAUCCAUGGUCCUGAAUCACACCGGCAACUCAUUACCGAUGCUCGAGCAUGACCUAAACGUGUUCGGGGCGUCCGGAUACUUCGAUCCAGCCUCAUGUGUAACACAGGUUGGGGUAAAUGGAGAGAGCUUUUACGGUGAAAACGAGAUGUUGGGCACUGUUGAGAAUGGAGCAGAAAGGGAACUAUAUGUCCCUCCUUUAGAAAGCAUUGGAGAAAACCUUAAAACUGAAAAUACGACUGUUGAUGUUUGGAACAUCAACAACAACCCUUUCAAUAUCAUAAACAGUAAAAACAACAAUAGCAAAUCAGACAACAUAGGCAAUGCGGCUGUUGGGAAUUUUUGGAUAGGUGAAGAGAUAAAAGUUGGAGAAUGGGACUUGGAGGAUUUGAUGAAAGAUGUUUCUUCCUUUCCUUUUCUUGAUUUCCAAAGCUGAAUAUAUAUAGUUUCAAAAUCCUUUCCUUUCUAGUCACCCCUUUUCAAACCUUACCCUCCUAUCUUUGAUCAUCAACACUUGAAAAAUAUAAAUACAUAUAUAUAUCUCCUAGUCAUAUAUAGUAAAAGAAAAAAAAAACCACCAUUUGUGUAAGUUGUAGGGAAUUGGUGAGUUUGGAAUAAAGGUGGGGAUUUGGGACCAUGAAAAUCUUUUGUAAGUAAAUAUGUUUCAUAUGGAGCGGCAAAAAGGGUGCUUUGAUUGACUGAUGAAGAAGCAUCUGAGUACACGAAAAUGAAAUAAUUAAUUACGCAAUGUGAAUAUAGUCAUGUAAACAAGGUAGAAAGGAACAUCUCAAGGAAUAUAUAUAAGAUUGAGAUCGAUGUAACAAAGCAAUGUCAAUGAAGAGAAAUAAUAAUGUUGUAUUAUUGUUGCAUUUUGAUAAAAAGAAAAAAAAAAGUAAAAGAAAAUCUUGAUCUCAAAA